GAAUGUGUUGCCAAUAGCGUAGAUUAGAUUCACUGCUUUGUAGUUCCAGUAAUUUUGGAUGAGGUAUUGUUAUUGCCUUGUUUCUCUUGUUUGUAUCCAAGUCCCACAUGGGACAUAAGUAAUUCAGUACUUCCUUGCAAAGUUCUCUUAUCACCAUCUCGUCAAUGAUGGCAGAACAAGAUAAACUCACCGUCACGAGAGACUAGUCAAUGCAAGAUAUUUGCGAGAGCAGCGUUCGUUGUGUGGUGGUCUUCCAUACGCUCAGUCGAAAAAGCAGAACACGUUUGCAGAGCCGAGACUAACAAGAAAAAAAGAAAGGAAACUUGGGAAACAUAUUAUACUUUUCCUUAAUUUCACAAGACGGAAGUUUGUUCUCCCAAAUUAACACAAUGACAGUUGGAACAUCAGUUGGCGCUACCAUUUCGAAUCGUAGUUUUUCCGCAGUUAUUGUUGAAUCAUUUUUAUUUAUCAUCAUAAAUACCACGGCAAUUGUUGGAAACGUAUUUGUCAUCGUCGCCAUUUCAAGAAACCCAGCACUUCGAAAAAUCACAAAUUGGUACAUUUUAAGCUUGGCAAUUUCCGACUUGGUUGUGGCAGUCACCUGUUUUCCUCUGUCGCUGGGCGCCUCCAUUAAAGGACAAUGGCUGUACAGUGACGUCAUAUGCCAACUCCAAGGUCACGUGAUACAGGUGUGGGCGUGUUUUUCUUUGACGAUCGUGGCACUGACGGCCGUGAAUCGAUAUUAUCGAGUUGUGAGGCCUAUUCUUUAUCGAAAAUUCUUCACAAAGAGAUUAACAAUAAUCAUCACUGCAGCAUGUCUAUUCUUGUCUGUCCUUGUGGCCGUGGGAAUGAUGUUUGUAAUGACAGCAAAUUUUCAGUUUGGUCCACACUUCUUCUGCACCCCCAAUUUUACUGACAGACUAUUGAAGAAAACCAUCUCCUUGCCCAUAUUUCUGGCUUUCAUACUAAUCUCACUGAUGGUGGUCAUCUUCUGCUAUUUCAAGGUUUACAGAGUCGUUCGCCGUCACGUCAUUUUAGUUUGUCCGAAUUUAAGGGCCGAGGCGCUUCACCGGCAAAAUAAAAACAGUUUCACAUGCCGAGUAGACGAGAUAAACGCUACUAAAAUGGUGUUUGCGAUCAUCACUGUAAAUUGCCUUUUGUGGAUUCCCGUCUGCAUCAUCGGAGCACUGUAUGUUUGUGACAUUGCGUUGCCACGAUGGACCCAUCUGAUGUACGAUUACCUGCUGUUUAUAACCACUGCGACGAAUCCGUUGAUUUACGGGCUCAUGAACAAGGCAUUCCGAGAUGAAUACGUUCGAAUUAUGAAAUGUGAAAAAAUUACAUAGCCGUGUGCUAAAAACAACGUGUCAUGAGUUAUAAUCAAGCACAGUUGGUAUAGCAACAGCCGGGUUUGGCACUAACUAACAAAUUACUCUUCCGGAAAAGUUUCCGAAUCCCUCCAGUGACCUAAACUUUUUAGGAGAAACACAGAGCUGGUAUCAAAGUUUGACAGUUUUCAUCUUGACAGCACAACAUUUUUUUUUUUUUUCAACAUUUGUGGUGCCACUUAGACAGUGUAGAUUGAAGUCUACCAUUUAUGUUUCCAUAACUUAAGACUUUUCUAUGUUUUACAAAACAAUAGUUAGUAAGGACCUCAGUAACUAGAAGUUUUCGAAAAUAAUUUCUACAAAAAAAGCUCAGUAUAAGACGCCAAAUUAUCUUUUAUGGAAACCACUGACAACAGAAAUAUGCACGCGCAGUUGUCGAUGAAUACACUCGUUUUUUUUCUUAUAAGAAUAUUGUUUUUCCGUUCCAGGCUGAAUAUUCUUAUUUUUUUUUGCCAUUUUUAGGCUAAAAAUAUUCUUCUGAAUAUUCUUAGAUUACAACCUGGUAUGACACAUAUCAUUUUCUGUAGAGCUUAUUGGUUUUAGUCUAGUUUUUCCAAUUCGAGAAAGGAAGAAAUUUAAUCGGUUUAGUAAAAACAUGUAAUUGUAUUGUAUUUAUAAAUUUUCCACACACAAAAAAUUGUAUUCUUUUCAAAAUAUCAGCCUCGGGUUUAUUCUUAAAAUUUCGUAAAUUUCGGCCUCAAUAUUCUUAUAAAAUACAUUCUUACAGUUACACGGGUUGGUACUGACAAAACUGUCGCGUUUAUUAUUGACAAAGUAACAGUGGUUUUCAGUAUAUAUAAAAAAAAUUGUCUUAUGUUGUCAAUAUCGGUAGCUCGCAACGUUAAUGAUUUUGCCACUCAGUGUUAAACAUUGGGAAUAUAUAACACAGGUACGUUUCAGGGAAUACCUAGCAAGCAUACCAAUAAAGAACAAGUUCCUCAGCUCGAACUCUUGAAACGAAACAUUUUAUUUUAUCACGUGUUCGACAAACUUCAUGCAAAGUGUUUCCUUGACAGUAAGGUUACAUCUUGAAAAAUUAGUUAACUAUAGUCGGCUUUUUUUUUUUAGCAACAACUAAGUCUCGCCGAGUGCAAACUGAACUUGUCGUAUUUUACCACACACAGAGAUGCUUGUCGACGGAAAUGUGAGGUGAAAGAAUAAUCUACAAACGAGCGUAGCGAGUGAAAUAUUGGGUUUAACACUGGAAAAUACAGUCCAUAUCUUCAGGCCACCGUGCAAUUUUCUUUUACUUACAUAGACAAAAUAGCAGGAAAUGACGCCAUCAAUAUCUUUACUAGUGAGAAUUUCAGAGCGGAAAAACGUCAUAAGCAUGCGCGAGUUUUGGCCCCGCGCCAGGCUCCAAGUUUAGAAAAAUGGCGGGAAUUUCGCCGCUCGUGUAAACAGAAAAAGUUACGAACUUUGUGUGCUUUCCCAAUUUUCCCGGUAAUCAGCAUCAUUCUAACAUCACUAAUGGAAAGUUGGUGCAUUGUUUGCGUGGGGAAUCAUUUUUUUUUUGGGCAAAAUUAACCUAAAGAAGGUUUUCGAACCCUUUAUUUCCCCACGCUGAAAAAGAAAUUUCGGUGCGAAGACACAAUUUUUCCACAAACACUCUUUGCAUAUUGCAUCCAUAUAUGCGCACCACUGAAUAUAUAAGCAAGAGAGCCUCUCAGCAAGCAGGGGAGGCUUGUUUACCUGACAGUGAAAUGCCGAGAAACAUUCAUGCUUGCCCAAGUAUAAAUUAUUUAGCUGAGCGCCAUCUUCGCGUACCUUAUUGGCAGUCUGCCGGCGCAUAAUUCAUGGUAGGGCACAUUUAGUCGCCUUCCCCUUCACCCCUUAAAUGCUAACCGCAGGCAAACAGCAGUAAAUAAAUGCUAACGCAAGCAAACCGCAGCAAGUAAAAGCUAAUCGCAAGCAAACAGUAUAUA